UGAGAUUCCUUCCGGACGCCUUAUGACAUAAUGCGCGCCAUCCCGGUGCGGUUAGCACAUCCGUGCCCUUGCAUGCGGCUCCAAAAAAACUCAGCGAAGCUGAAUUCACCGCGAACGGUCACGAAUCCGACUCCACCGCGAACGAUCACAAAUCCAACUCCACCACCACCAGUCUCCACACCAUCUUGCCCCCUGCAUAGCCUGCCUGCCUCACGUCGAUCGUGCAAUCGCUGCAAUGGUCAACAAAAAAGCCCGCAACAAGGACCAAGAGCUGGACUUCGAUCUCCCCCCGACGAAACUAGCCAAGACAGCCAACCUCUCGACAACCAAGGAACGUAAACGCAAAUCGAAACCUGGCGCGAAACGAUGGGAGGAUGAGGAUGACACGCCCAAGGCAUUCGCGCGCAUGAUGUCUGGCGGUUCGAAGAGGAGUGGGCUGGAUGAAGGAGGGGACAAGAAACGGAAACGGAAGCCGGAAGAGGAGAAGAAGACGACGCGCUCGGAUCUCAAAAUUCAGCCGGGCGAGUCCCUCCGGGAGUUCGGUCGGCGGGUGGACCAGGCGAUACCGGUUGUGUUUCCGCGCGGCAACGGGAGUGCGAGGGAGAAGAAGAAGAAGAAGACGAAAGAGGUUGUGAAGGAAGAUGAGGACGAUAGUAAUCUUGAGCCGGAGGAGGGUGAAGAGAUCAACAGUGACGAUGACGACGAGGAAAAGGAUAUGCUGCGGCAGGCGAGGGAAGGCUUUGAGGCGGCCAAGCGGAAGAGGGGAAAAAGACGCGGGGACAGCCCGGAUCCAUGGGCGGACCUGGAAAAGAAGAGGGAACAGAUCAAGUUUGGAGACGUUGCUGCGGCGCCGCCUACGUUGAAGAAACCUCGGGCGCUGCUGUAUCUGGGGGGUAAGGCGGCUGCGGCGGUGGAUGUGGACGGCGUACCGAAGAGUGCAGGAAGUUUGGCGAAGAGAGAGGAGCUCGCCGGCCAGAGGAGGAACAUCAUCGAGGAGUAUCGCAAGAUGAUGGCGGAGAAGAGAGCGAAGGAGGCUCUGUGAUUGGCAUCAGGGAGUGCUAUAGCGUUAAUACAGCAGCUUUCAGCUGGAAUGAAGUUUCAG